AUUUCUGGUUCCAACAACAAAAAGGCAGUUAAAAUUGUAAAAGAUAUGGUCCUCUACCCCUGGCAAAACUUUAUAUAAUUUUAUUUGAGUUUUAUAUAUAUUUGUAUACUGUUAUGUAUAUCUUUAUACUUGUGUUAUACUUGUAAAUUGCAGCUCUCUUUUUCAAAUAAAGAUGAUAAAUAACAAAAGAGCUGCAAGGGCCCGAAAUGGUUUUAGGGACAGCACUUUGCGACAUAUUGUUACCUUGACGCCAAGUCAUGUUACGUACGUAUUACAUUUUUAAAGAGUCACAGCGUUGUGGACUGCGGGUUAUUCCCUCCGGCAAAGUCUGCGCUUGACUAUUUGACAGUGGGACAGCCCAGAAGCCCUCACGGACUCGAAGUGUGGAGAACUGGAUCCAGCCGGUGGCGUGUCUCGCUGUCAGUCUGCUGUUUACCACAGUGAACCUGGACACUGUGGACCAUGUGCUGCUCCGGGGAAAGCUGACAGCGCGAGGAUAAAUCUCUGUUAGACAUGACCGGCCUCAAGGCCAAAGCAGAAAGCCAGAGUGAUGAAGCCGAGGGUCCGGAUGGAGGCUGGGGCUGGGUGCUGGUCGGAGCCCUGUUCGUCAGCACGAGCCUCGUCUUCGGCCUGAUGCGUAGCUUCGGGAUCUUCUUUGUAGAGUUUGUCCGGUACUUUGAUGAGAGCGCUCACGCCAUCUCCUGGAUCUCGUCCACAGGCCUGGCAGCACAGCAGUUCUUCAGUCCGCUAGGUGCAGCACUAUGUAAUGCAUACGAUGCCCGGUUGGUGGUGAUGACAGGAGGCUGUCUCGCUGGACUCGGCCUCAUACUUGCCUCUCAGGCUACCUGUCUUGUUCACCUCUACCUCACUAUGGGAGUUAUUUCAGGUUUGGGCUGGGGGCUGGUAUUCACUCCCAUGGUAGCUACAGUCUUGGCUAACUUCACUCGCCGGCGCACCCUGGCAUUGGGACUGGCGUUCUCCAGCAUCGGCCUCUCCUCCUUUGCUUUCAACCCGCUCUUCCAGCUGCUGGUGGAGAUGUACACGUGGCGAGGGGCCCUUCUGAUUCUGGGGGGCCUCAGCCUCAACAUUGUGCCCUGCGGGGCUCUCAUCUGUCCACGGCGACGCUCUAAAGCACCAGCAAAGGUGGAUUCAGAGAGCAGGUCAUCACGUGCUGGACUGCUGCACCGCAUCUCUUCCCACCUGGAACUGUCACUGCUCUUCGAACGGCCUUACAUGACCUACACCGUGGCCAUCACUCUUCUUAACGUCGGCUACUUCGUGCCAUAUUUCCACCUGGUGGCCCACAGCCGCCAAGCUGGCUUCUCGGAGUACCAAGCUGCUUUUGUCAUGUCAGCCGCCGGUGUAUCAGACAUUUUUGGCCGCGUAGCGUCAGGCUGGUUCUCAGACCUGGGUCACUUUCGGACGAUUCAUUUACUGAGCGUGUGGAUAACACUGGCAGGGGCGUUCAUCAUGCUGCUGCCUGUGAGUUCCUUGUCCGGCUCCUACUCUGCAUUGAUUGUGAUCAGCCUCCUUUAUGGCUUCUGCUCCGGGGCGCUGACCUCUCUGGUCUUUGCGGUGGUGCCCAUGAUUGUGGGUGUGGAGCGAGUGAUGGGGGCCCUCGGGCUGCUGCAGCUCAUUGAGAGCGGCGCGGGACUGCUUGGGACUCCUCUGUCAGGGUUUCUAAAGGACGUCACAGGAAACUACACGGCUUCCUUCAUGGUGGCAGGCAGUUUCGUCAUUCUCUGUACUUUGACCAUGGCCACUCUGCCUCACUUCUUCUCCUGCACAGACCCACCGUCUCCUCAAAGAUGCUCUCUUGAUGACAAAAAUAAGGGUUUGCAUUCAGAGUUGGAACAAAUUAAUAGUUUACCUUCUGACAAGAACCAUAGAGGAGCUGAAUGAUCUGAUCUGGUGAAAUAACCAGGCUCAAUAUUCCGCAAGACUGUGGAAAUGAAGGGUCCGACAGCCUUGUUAAUUCUCGUCAUGUGUGUGCUAUAUAUACCUCAGAGACUCAGACCCAAAGUGAAGAUAUAAGCUUACUGUGACAACUCGGCCAUCGUAACCUCAGUUUAAUAUCUAGGCCAGUUCCUUCUGCCUAAAAGGAAACUCAGAUGUAUGGUUGCUUUACAUGCACAAUAUAGGAAAUGUGAAGGAAAAGAUUUUUUUUUGUUUUUAUUGUUAUUAUUGUCAUCAAGUUUCUGUGGGAAAGUCUUAUAUUGUCUUGGUUGUUUAUGUGAAUUUUAAGUGUGAAUCUGAUUGUGGAGAUGUAAGAAUCACCAGCAUAUAAAUUUUGCACAUACUUGUUUAAUCCUUGACUUUUAUUUUACUAUUGGCCCCAUAUCUGCUGCUGUUAGUGCAUUGUGUGCUAUUUGCACCAUCAUCUCCAAAAAGGUAGGUACUACAGCUACAGAUGACAACUUUUGUUUUUUACACAGAGACCUAGCAAACAAGCAAAACUGCCUGCUGUGGUAUGUCCAGUACUGUAUGGUAAUUAAAAUGAAAUAGAAUA